AUGGCAUUCCGACGAAAGCGCCCAUCGGCGGCGACCCCUGCGACGCCGGCAUCGACGCCGCCGCCCCGUCCGCCGCCGCGGGUGCUGAGGCGGGACGCGGCGCUACCGCCGAGGUCCCCGCUCGGCGAGAUCCCCGGCAAGGCUGCCUCGGGCGCGGGGCGGCGCCUGAGCCCGAGGACGCUAGUCAUCACCGCCGCCGCCGCCGCCGUCAUCAUCGUCGGCACCGUAUACGGCGCGAAGAUGAAGGGAGAGCAGGACUUCAUAGCCGCGCUCGCUAACGCGCCGGGACCUCCCGGACGGCUGCAGGAGCGGCAAAAGGUCGUCGAGGCUCCGGUCGAGGACCGCAUCCGCGACCUCGAGCGGCGCCGCGCCGAGCUCGUCGGGAAGCGGGCCCCGCUCCAGCACAAGGUCGACGAGCUGCGCGAGCGGAUCGCACGGGCCGAGGGCCAGCAGUGA